AUGUACUUCAAGGUCCGGGAAGUGUUGGACAUCGAGCUCUACUGGCUGGUGAACUUCAACAUGGACGUUCUGACCAAGUGCAACGAGGCGAAGAAAGAUGUGUUCGCUUCUGGUCAAGGACGUCUUCCAAGUGACGUCAACCUUGCUCGUAGCUUGCAACCGGUGAUGGAUGCUGCGGGGAGUGGCCGGUCUGGCCUGGACUUGGAUGAAGGUGAGUUGGAAAGGAUCAGACAGAGGGUCCUACGUGAGGCUGAGGAGAACUUCAAGAUGGAGAUCAGAAAGCUGAAGGGUGAAGGUGGGACGGAUUCAAGGUCCUAUCACUCGGCUUCGUCUGGUGGUGAUCAAGGAGCUCCUCAUGCGGCUCAAGGUGAUCGAGCUGGUUUGGGGUCGAGUACAACACCGUCCAGAGGGGAUCGCGUGGGCUUGGCUUCGAUGGCAACUCCAAUUCAUGGUGGAGCUGCAGUGAAUGGAACUCCGGGUCAAGGUCUUCAAGGAGUGGUUUCUCCUCCGGGCUUGGAUCAACGGGGAUUUCUUCAAGGUGGUGUUCAAGGUGGACAUGGGGAGUCGUUGAAGAGUCACGAGCUUCCUCCUCUACCUGAAAAGAUGACUCCGGAGAAGGGUAGUCCUGGUGUAGCUCAGGGGGAGAAGGUCGCCAAGGUGGUUGCACAGGAUGAGAUCAAAGGGGCAUCAACGGAUGGGGUUGCAGCUGAAAAAGAGCCUGUGAAGGUUCCGGUGUCUGUUGCUCCUGCUCAAGUUCAAGAAGCUCCCAAGGAGACGGCGGCAGAUCUGAUGAAGGAGAAGCUGGGCAUGUACCUCAAGGAGACGGAGCGCAUCUGGUGGAAGGAACACUUUCCGGAAGUCCCAGAAGAGGUGCUUCGACAUAUGGUGGGUCAGGGGGAGGAUCCAAUGGUGUGGACAUGCCCUUGGAAUAGAAGGCAGCGUCGGGGACAUCGUCAAGGAAAGGGCGUGGUGGUGCACUUGUUCUCUGGGGCAGAUCCAUCGGUUUGGACCAAGGAGAACUGGGGGAGCUACCAGUGCAUCUGUGUAGACACGGCGAUGGGUUCCCAAUUCAACAUACACCAUCCUGGAGUGUGGGCUUAUUUGCGGAAGCUUGCAGAGGGUGGCUACAUCAAGGCUGUGAUCGGUGGCCCACCUUGCAGGACCACAAGUCGAUUGAGAAAUCGUGGACCUCCGGGACCCAGGCGUCUCCGUGGAAGAGACGAUGAGCGGUGGCACCUGGAUCACUUGGAUCCCUUCGAGUUGGAACUUGUCAACAGCGACAGCGCACUGAUGUUGAAGCACAUGGCGCUGUGGGUGAAGUCAAAUGAAUGCCGGACUCUGCCAAUGGAGCCAACUGGUUUUUUCAUGGAGUCCCCCGAGGAUCCCAAGGACUACUUGGAGGAUGAGGAGGAAGCCAAGAUUUGUCCGAGCUUCUUCAACUUCAAGGAG